AUGGAGGGGGUGGAAAUCCAUCAGAGUGUAGAAGGGCAAACAACCACCACAUCUUGCGAAACUACGGCUGAACAACCGAAAGCACCACCGGAGAGUCAAUCUAGGAAGCCUUCCUUCAAAGAAACUGUGACAGGAGUGACGCAAGAAAGCAGCGAAGCGGAUGAUAUUGACUCUGAUGACGACGAGGUUGACAUGGACGAGGACCCCGAAUGCCCAGAGAUCACGUUAACUAAAGCGGAUAAAAUCCGUAUGAGAAAACCAUGGAGGCAAUCUUUGAUAGUGAAGGUGUUCGGCAGGAAAGUUGGCUAUACAGCCCUGGCUAGGCGAUUACAUGCGGUAUGGCGUCCCAAAGCAAGAAUGGAGAUCAUCUCUCUGGAUGACUUUUACCACGUUGUCCGCUUCUGGAGUGUUGAAGACUAUGAAUUCGCUAAGUAUGGUGGCCCAUGGACGGUAAUGGAUCAUUAUCUGAUUGUGCAAGAUUGGAAGCCAUACUUUGAUCCAAAAGCGGAUAAAACUGAGCGUGUCUUGGUUUGGGUUCGGUUUCCUGACAUGUCAGUAGAGUUCUAUGAUUAUCAGACCAUAAUGAGACUCGGGCGGAAGAUUGGGGAGCCAAAAUAUGUGGACGAGUCUACGAGCAUAGUAUCCAAAGGAAGGUUUGCGCGUAUGUGUGUCGAGGUUGAUAUCGCGAAGCCUCUCCUCUCCAAGUAUACAGCAGGCCGAAAGGUUAAACGCAUUGAGUAUGAAGGUUUGUACCAAAUAUGUUUCCAUUGUGGCAUCUAUGGUCACCAAGCAGAGCAGUGCGAGGCAAAAAACAAGGAGGAGGGUGGUGCUGAAACGGCUAACGACGGCGGCGGAGCUCCGGGAGAAGUUGACGGAGAAACAAAUAAGGAAAAUAAUACAUCUUUGGUAAUUCGCCCGGAGAUCGUGGAGAGAUUUGGCUCCUGGAUGAUUGCUCCUAAGCGCCAGUAUCGAUCGAAUAAUGCUCAGUAUGGUAGGAAUAUCCACAAGGAUGGUAAGGAUGUGCCUGGUACAAGCAAGUCCAACGGUAAUCUCCCUAAUGCUGCUAGAAUAAAAAGUAAUGCGAAAGGGAAGCAAAAAGAAGCUGAAAAUCAGGGAAUUAGUAUUGCAUCCAGAUUUGCGCCUUUAAGAGAAGAAAAUGAGGAGCAGAUUGACGUGGAAAUUAAUGAAUCAAAUGGGGAGGAUAAUGGAGCUACUUUUAAUAAUAAGGGGAAUAAUAACAAGGAUAAAGGGAAGAGACCAAACGUACAGAUCACAGAAAAACAACUCGCAAAUGACAUGAGCACCUCCAACAGAUCCAAACAGCCUUCCAAGCAGACCCAAGUGACCCCUUCUUCCAAUGCAAAUACGUCACGAAAGAAUACAAAGAGUAACCAAGCUGCGGCAGAAGAGACUCAUACUGUGGCGCGAGGUAACUUACGGGACAAAUCGUCGGUUAGUACAAUUUUAUUUAAUGAUCAACUAACCCCCCCUAUGCAAGGCAUUCUGGAGGGGAGUUCUCUUGAGCAUCAUGGUGAUCCUCCUGACCCUAUUGAGGUUAAUAUGGAGGACGAACCAUGGCAUGAGUGUGAUGAUGAGCCUGGCAGUGGUGGCACCCCGAAAGGGGGCGCGACCUGA